UCACUGACAGCAGCAUCCCCACUGGCAUCCUCCGGAUCAAGUCUGGUCCUACUCAUCCAAGUCGCCUACUAUGACUGAAUCAAAAACGGAAGCUAUCGUGGUGGUCUCGAGCGAACUCACCGAGACCUCGUUGCUGUUCCUGGAUACGCUCAAGAUCCGCGAGACUGCUACAUAUCUGUAUAUGGACGGAUCGCACGUAGAACAUAUCCGUCGCUACGUGCAACAAGGAGACCUUGUCAAUGCCCACACAUACGUCGAACGAAGCGAACACGACGGGCUGAUCCCCAAGCUAGUCUUUAUACCGGGGCAUGUGGGUGACCUAAAAGCGGACUCUUCGUGGAUCGCUGUCAUCCGAUCACUGUAUCGCGAGGGCGUAGAGGUAUUUGCCACUGUGCUCGCUGCCUCUGGCAUCCUUAAAGAAAGUGUCGCUUCGUCUGCUUCUCUUGCUCUCGAUGAUAACUACCGUGACCUCGCUGCUGGGUGGCGAGGUGACGAGAUCGUCCGCGACAGAUUCUUUUGGACGGCCAAUGAUUCUGCUACAACACUCAGCUCCCUCGCAUAUCUGUACAAAGCCGACUCGAAGGGCGGAAUACCCGCGCAGUUCCCGGUGCACGCCUUCGAGGAACGCGGUGAACAUGACAGUCCUUCCGUCCCGAUGCCCUCCGCCACACCUGCCGCAGAUAUCGCUCGUAUGAUUGCUCAGCACUCACGGGCAGAAACGAAACAAUUUGUCGAUCCCGUCGCGAACUUCGCCCUUCGCCUAGCCCUGGAGGGGCACGUAGCGUCAUGCAACGCGGUGAUACAAUCCCUGUUGGCGGUCUUCCCGAACCUGUACACCACGCUCGGAGCGCAUGGAGUCAUGCCCCUUGAAUGUGUCUGGCGAAGUGCUGGCGAGCGACCGAUGCUCCCAUGGGAAGUCGCACCAGAGGAACUGGACACAUGGGAUCGGGACAGACGCGAGAACUACCGGAUCCCGUCUGGAGAAGAGGAUCGGCUCGAUCUUCUCGAGUCGUUCAAGGUCCGCGUGUCGCUCGGCAGGGAUCGGCUGCUCUAUCCGUACACCACUCCAGGUGCAAUUGUGAUGGCAGUAGAGGCGGGCUGGGUCAACGAAGCUCGUCAGUGGAUGGCCAUGCUUGUACAGGGCGCCAUGGUGCAGGACUUCCUAUGGCCCUCCCAGGUCGGAGCAUGCCGAACGCUCGUCGACUUCGCCCUCACAGGCGUCGUGGCCGAGAUCACCGGCCACACCGCGACGCAGGCAGAGCAAGACGCAAGCACCAUCAAGCAAGCGCUUCUCGAUUUCCCUGAGACAUCAGCGGUGGUCGAAAAACAGCAGCGCGCGACCGCGCAGAGGUUCGCCGAGGCCCCGUGGCCGGCGCUGGUGCGUAUGCUUGACAUCUUCAAGCUGGAAGGUAUCUAUGAGACGAUUAUCCGCCCGCCCGCCUCUCCGUCGGCUAUCCGCGAGGCCGAGCAACGCCUGGGCGUUGAGCUUCCAUCUGAUUACAAGGACUUCCUGCUCAUUUCGAAUGGCACGAACGACCUGUCGAUCGAUGUGCCCGGAUUCAAACGUGUCGAAGACUUGUGCUGGGAGAGCCCCGACGACCUCGGCCUGGACUGGGUUCGCGUGACCCUCGGAUGUGAAGUGGAUCUUGCAGAGGAAGAACAACUCCCUAGUAUGAAACGGGUGCUGACCAUAUCGGAGCCCGGCGAGGAGAUGAUGUGGUACGUCGAGCCUGACACGGUCGCCGAAGCGAUCCAGGCGCUCAAGGGCUUGGGCCGGUCGGAUGAGUCGGUCGGGGAACGCGAAUGGCGGCCGGUUUUCUUCCUCCACUGGGCUCCGGAGCUGCAGUGGUACAAGAACUUCAGGGUUUAUAUUGAGUCGGUGGCGCAGCAAGCCGAGAAGGCGGGUGCACAACUCGAUGUAUAAUAUAUUCCGACAUGUUUGUAGUAAUGUGCGGAGCAUCUUGCACCCAAGGGUAAUGCGAAACUUUCCCGCAUA